UGGAAAAGUUGUUGGUGGGAAGUAGUGUCUGCAUAAUAUUAGUGUUGGCGAACAGUGUGGAGAGCUUUGAGCACCAAAAACAGCGACACAGUUUAUGCGAGUUGCUUAUUCUUCCAUCCGUUUACGUUUGCUCCCAAUACACUGUUGAAACCAUGGAUGGUGAUGUGAACGAUGGUGAAGCUCUCCUUCUGCUUCUGCUUCUGCAUGGCUUAUUCAUGGAUUUAGCAAUGCAUGAUUUUGCAGAAAUGACCAAUUACAUUCAUUCAGGAACAAACUCAAAGCUCUUUGUACUCGAGUGUUCACAGGGUAUUGUCUUUUGCUGUGUUGCCUUCACUCAACUGGAGAUAGCAGAAAAGCUUGAAGCUGCAAACCACAAUGUGUUGUCACGUGCUGAAAAUAAAGCCAGAGUUUCCACAGUUUCUUCGUUUCAGUCUCAACCAAGUUCAUGGAAACGGUUUCAGGAUCUUGCUAUGGCAUUGGUAUUUGUAAUAGGCUAUGCAGUCAUCAUGUUUGAAGAAUAUCUAGCCUUCAAUAAAAGUGGAGUGGGACUGUUGAUGGCUGUAAGCUUAUGGGUGAUACGAAGUAUUGGGGCUCCAUCAACUGAUAUAGCAGUUUCAGAGCUAACACAUGCAUCUGCACAAGUCAGUGAAAUAGUAUUUUUCUUGGUUGGUGUAAUGACUAUUGUUGAGAUAAUUGACGCUCAUCGAGGAUUUAAGCUUGUUACAGACAAUAUAACAACCCAAAAUCCACGCCUUCUCCUAUGGGUGAUUGGAUUUGUUACGUUCUUUCUAAGUUCAGUUCUAGACAGCUUGGCAAGUACCGUAGUGAUGAUUUCUCUAUUGCGAAAAUUGGUACCUCUGUCAGAGUUACGGAAGAUAUUGGGAGCUGUUGUUGUAAUAGCAGCAAAUGCUGGUGGUGCAUGGAGUCCUAUUGGUGCUGUUACCACUACUAUGCUGUGGAUACACGGUCAAGUAUCUGUAGUACAAACAAUGAAGGAUUUGUUUAUACCAUCAGUCAUUUCUCUAGCUGUUCCUCUAGUUCUGAUGUCCCUCACUAGUGUAGUUAAUGAUGGAAAAGGACAAAACUCUCUCGAUGUCUUUGCCUCUGAGGAGAGUGUUCCACAAGGACUUUUUGUUUUCUCCUUGAGUUUAGGAGCUUUGCUUUUUGUCCCAGUGUUCAGGGCCCUCACAGGUUUACCUCCCUACAUGGGAAUGCUUCUCGGACUUGGCAUGCUUUGGAUCGUCACCGAUGUUAUCCAUUAUGGUGACUCUGAGAGGCAAAAGCUAAAAGUGCCACAUGCUCUGUCAAGAAUAGACACUCAGGGAGCACUGUUUUUCCUGGGAAUUCUAUUAUCCGUUAGCAGCCUGGAGGUAGCAGGGAUUCUUCAGGAAAUAGCAAAUUACUUUGAUGCACAUGUGCCGAGUAGUGAACUGAUUGCAAGUGCUAUUGGACUCAUAUCUGCUGUAAUAGACAAUGUUCCAUUGGUUGCUGCAACAAUGGGAAUGUACGAUGUCUCUUCUUUCCCUCAAGAUUCUGAAUUCUGGCAAUUGAUUGCAUUAUGUGCUAGUACUGGUGGAUCCAUAUUAAUUGUUGGUUCAGCUGCUGGAGUUGCGUUUAUGGGGAUUGAAAAGGUGAACUUCUGUUGGUACUUACGGAAGGUUAGUGGCUUUGCUUUAGCAGGUUAUGCUGCUGGUAUUGCUGCCUAUUUAGUGCUUCAUAAUCUCAACAUGUCCCAACAAACUCUCGGGGGAGGUUCCUUUCUUUCUGCUUCAUAAAUCAAGAAUUUGAACAUGAAGAUUCGCUUUUCAUGGUACCAAGAGCAGCAUAGUUUGUAAAAUAAUAACGAGUACAACUCAACCAGUAAAAUAAGUAGUUAAAAGGUUAACAUUUUAGUGUGCAUACAACAAAAAAACCUAGGUAAAAAGCACCAGGUAAAGAUUUUAGGGUAAUGAGUAAAAUUCGAAUAAAACCAUUGGAUUUUAACUACAUUGAAUUUCGUUUAGUGUAUAAAAAUUUAAUUACUCUUGUUUAUCUUUAGAACUUGUUUAGUCUGAAUUUUAACACACUUACAAGAAAGAUAACUUACGUAUCUCUUAAGCUAUAUCAAAUACCCUCCCAACUGCAUAAAAAACAGAGAAACCAUUAUUGUACGAGUCUAUGCACUCUUCCCAUUUCAAUAUCUCUUCCCUUCUAAGGAAAGGAAACAUAUUUCUGACAUAGCGUCAACUGGUGCAAAUUUUGAGAAAACAUGGUGUAUAUUGGCUUAUAACAGA